GAUCCGGCAAUAUUUUUUUGGCACAAAGCAUCAUAGGCCAUAGCUUUAAAUUAUUUCUUCAAUUUCAGUCAAUCAUGGCCACAAUCAAAAGAAGUCAGGAUUUUGGAUCGUCCCCAUUUCAGUGCUGGGUUUGUAUGGAACAAUAUUUGAAGGAGGCGACAGGAUCCAAUCAAAAUGUAACCAAAGUCCAAAAUUCCAACAAGAACUAUCAGCUGAUUCUUCCAUCAACUCAGAUGUCUUUAGGCACCAUUUUCGAGAAAGAGGACGACGAAAAGGAGGUCAACAUGGCAAGGAACUCAAAAACUCCCAGCAUCGUGUGCCGUCGUUGCAAAAUGCAGCGCUAUUGCAGCCGCAAUCACAUGACUAAAGAUCUCUGUCAGCAUCGCGCAAUUUGUGUGGUACUGACGGAUCUGCAGAAGAGGCACCAGCUGGGACAUCCAUUUCUACUCACAAGCCCGAAAGCUAUCUCUUCGAUUACACAGCUACAGCGGACCAUUUCGCAGUUGAAAUUUUCUGCGCGCAUCAAGCUAAGACGUCCACUCACCUGGCGUGAGCACGAGCUGAUUGGCUAUCCAUCCUAUUGUCAGGUCUGCUUUCGACUGGACAAACUCCACACCUGCGGUGAAUGUGGGGCAGUGGCUUAUUGCUCGGAGCAUCAUCGUCAGUCGGAUGUAAGCAAACACACGCCGGAAGUGUGCCGUACAUUGGCGCUGCUCUGUAGUCCCUACCGCCAGCUGGGAGAUGCAAAUAAAGGAAUUAUUGACAUCCCCAUUAAAGUAGAAGCGGAUCAACUGCAGUUGUGCCUAGAGCAGAGCCAUUUAAUUGAGGCUUUUGCCAAAGUCACUGGACUUGUAGUAGACGACAAGCCUUGGAGCACUAUUCAGGACUUUGAGCGCUUUGACUCCUGCUCUUCAUUCAGUGGCAUGGCCAGCAUUUGCCUAGCCCUCAAGCAUAUCUCAUUCGUUGCCCAACCGCAGGAUAUAUGCACUGUCUAUGUUGUGGGUGCUAGUGAUGGGCAGAUUCUCAGAUACUUUCAGUUAAUGCAUCUGAAAUUCUUCUUUCUACUGCAUAAGGAUGUAUCCCAAUUAGAUUUGUGUUUCAUUGGAUGUCAACAAAAGAUGGUUAAAGACAAAACCCGGGAGACAAUAAGCUUUGAUUUUCAGGGACACAAACGCACUAUUACAAUACACUUUUAUCCCAUGACAUUUGAAGACUUCACGCACAUGGAAAAAGUGGACCCGGUUUUAAUUGUGAUGUUUGAUAUCGAUUUUGGCGACCUUUAUGCAAUCAAGGAUCGAAUUGUCGAAAAGUUUCUUCCAGAGCAAACUCUCGAAAGGGAGUCCCACGACUGGCGUAAAUGUCUGACCGAGGUGCUUCACGUCUACGGAGUACCGAUUUGCUUUACCUCGUCAACCAAAGCUUUAACAAAAUCGAAUUAUACGUCCAUCCUGCAGUUAGCCAAUAAGCAUAAUAUUAAGGUAAAUUAUUGCCAUGGCGGAAAUUUGUAUGAAAAUCCAUAUCGCGAGAUAUUACCAGAACGCAAUCAAUGUCCAAUGGAUUGCGAAACUAUUAUCUAUGCCAACAACUACUUGGAGGUGAUUUUCACUGGCCCCAAAAACUAAAACAUUUUCAUAAUUUAAGGUUUUUUUUUUUUUUUUUUUGUCUCUAUGUAUUCUUUUUGUUUUUUGUGAGUAGCUCUUUCCGCUCAUCAGAUCUAGUCCUUGGGUAAUUCUCUUGUUAGACUAAGUUAGCAAAACUAUUACCAAUAUUAGUGGUAUAGAACAAUUUGUUUUUUUUUUUUUUAAAUGUCAUUUCGAUGUCAUUUGAACCACCCAAUUAAUAGAAUUCUUAACGCCAACUACAUCUAAUUAAAGUAUAAAAUUACUUUAUACUUUACAUAUUUCAUAUACUAAAUGCCAUUUCGAUGUCAUUUGAACUAUUCAAUUUAUUCAAUACUUGACCCCCUACUACAUCUUAAGUAUAAAGUUAUACUAUACUUUACAAAUUUCACAUUUGAAAUUGUCAAAUAUAAGACCCGCGAAAGGUGGCAAAUCAAUAUUUUUCUUUUAUAACCAUAAAGUUUUACCCACAUUAAGCAAAGCCGGAGAGAGAAAAACUGAACAUCCUUUGUACAUUAAUCAUUUAAUUGAAAUGAAAUAAACAAUUGACCCCAGAAGAAUAUUAA